UAUCGUUUCGGCACAUAGGUUCAUAGACCCUGGUCCGGAGACUGGAGUACACUUCCUUUUCGAGGCUGAUCCGCAGUCCACUCUUUUCGGCAGCCAUGGACUGGUCGAGGCCAUGACGAAUCGGACGAUCGAUCUGGGAGAACGCAACCAGUUCUGUGGACGUGAAGCGCCAAAGCAACGCUGAAGGGGAAUGCCGGAAUGGCACCAGCUGGGAAUGGCGUGUGCUCCUCUCUGCCUUCUAAGACUCGGAAGGAAAUUUUCGAGCACGGAAGCAACUCGAACCAGUGUGGUUGCAACAUUGAAAUCUAGUAGUAAGUCUCCCCACGAUCUGAAAAAGGGCCACGCUUUGAUAAUCAAGAGCGGAAGCCGAUGUGAUGACUUCGUCGUGGGCAAUUUCGUCGCGAGCUGUGGGGUCCUGGGCCUCAUGGACUACGCCCAAGAGGUGUUCGAGGAAAUGCCUGAACCAAAUGGGUUUGUGUGGAACACCAUGAUAAGGGGUUUCCAGCGGAACGGCAGGCCUCUGGAUGCUCUGGUUUUCUUCCGCCGGAUGCGUUAUGUAGGACUGCAGCCCGACAGGUUUACUCUCCCUUUCGUGGUUCGGUCUUCAGGGGGUCUCUUGGAAUCUUGGUGUGGAAAGGGGUUCCAUGGGUGUGUUUUCAAGUUUGGGCUGGAGUUUGAUGUGUUUGUUCAGUCGAGUUUGGUGGAGAUGUAUGUUGAGUUUGGAGAUAUCGGCAUGGCCCGCCAAGUGUUCAACGAAAUGCCUGAGCGCGAUUCAGUUGCCUGGACCAUUUUGAUAGGGGGAUACGUGAAUAGAUGCUGCGAUAUGAAUGCUGCACGCCGGUUAUUUGACCAGAUGCCUGAGAAGGAUAUCGUUGUAAUGAAUGUCAUGAUUGGGGGCUAUGUUAAGCUUGGGGAUGUGGAUGCAGCUAAUGAGAUGUUUAGUAAAGUAGCCACUAAAGAUUUAUUGAUGUGCAAUACCAUGAUGGGAGGAUACGUAAAAAAUUGGGAUGUAGGAGCGGCGUAUAGGCUGUUUGUGGAGAUGACUGAGAGAGAUAUGGUUUCUUGGAAUACUAUGAUUGGUGGAUUUAUUCAAACUGGUCGCUUCAAGGAAGCAACUGAGCUGUUCCACAGAAUGCAGACUGAAAACUUAAGACCUAAUGAUGUAACUAUCGUGGGAAUGCUUAGGGCUUGCUCCCAAGUAGGGGCAUUGGAUAUGGGGAAGUGGCUCCAUGCCUAUGUUGAUAGAAACAGAUAUCUCGUAAAUGUUGUGGUUGGAACCUCUUUAGUUGAUAUGUAUUGCAAGUGUGGUGUUCUGGAGUGUGCAGAGCAAAUAUUUGAUCAGCUGCAUGAUAAGGAUGUGACAGCCUGGAAUGCCAUGAUUACAGGUUUUGCCAUGCAUGGGAAAAGUGUCAAAGCGUUGGAGUUAUUUCGUCAGAUGCAGCAUGAACGCAUUCAACCAAAUGAAGUUACAUUCGUUGGAGUUCUAUGUGCAUGCACUCAUGGGGGUUUGGUGGAUGAAGGAAAACAAUAUUUCCACUCUAUGGUCAGUGAAUUUGGUCUCACUCCCCAGUUGGAACACUACGGGUGUAUGGUUGAUCUUCUUGGCCGAGCUGGACUAUUGGAGGAGGCCUAUGAUUUUAUAAAAGGUAUGCCGCUCGCUCCUCAUACUGGUGUUUGGGGAGCCUUGCUGGGUGCUUGUAAGAUUCAUGGUAAUAUUGAGCUAGCAGAAUGUGCUAUCAAACAUUUGAUUGAAUUGGACAAGGAAGAUGGUGGAUAUUGUGCAAUUCUGUCAAACAUAUAUGCUAAAGCAGGCAGGUGGGAUGAUGUUGCAAAAGUAAGGGCCUUGAUGAAGGAGAGAGGAAUUGAGAAAAAGCCUGGAUGUAGUUCCAUUGAAGUUGAUGGUAAGGUACAUGAGUUUGGUGUGGGAGACAAAACACACCCUCGAAGCGAAGAAAUCUAUACCAUGCUAAAAGAAAUAUCUAGGAGGUUAACGAUGCACGGUUAUGUAGCUCGUACAUCUGAGGUAUUCUUUGAUGUAGAGGAAGAAGAAAAGGAGCAUGCUUUAUGUUUUCACAGUGAAAAAUUGGCCAUUGCUUUUGGUCUCAUCAGUACGAAGAAAGGUGUUAUGCUUCGAAUUGUGAAAAACCUUAGAGUUUGUGAUGAUUGUCACGCUGCAACAAAGCUCAUCUCAAAAAUUUUUGAAAGAGACCUAAUUAUUAGGGAUCGCAGUCGCUUCCACCAUUUUAGGCAAGGAAUCUGUUCCUGUGGAGAUUAUUGGUGACCCCUAAGAAACUGCAUUCUGCGAAGACCUGAAUAGUCUUUCCAAUGCACACCCUUCCUAUCGUGAAGUGUCAUUAAUUAAUGCGAUGAAGAAAAAGGGAUAAAGGCUUUUAAAGAGACUCACUCUGAGGGGUCGCAAUAUGGUCAUGCCGAUUCAAAAUUAGCGUUUAUGUUUCCGUACGUAAUCGCCUCAAGUGUUUUACCUUUUGCCUUCCGGGAUGAUCGUGCUGAGAAGCUCACGGGCUGGAACUGUAGCGUGGGUGGCUGGGAGAAACAGUAUGAAUCGUGAUGGAUAUACAUAGGCAAGAUGCUUCUCUCUCUCUCUCUCUCUCUCUCUCUCACACACACACACACACACACACACGCACAUAGACACAAAAUGCGACGAGUUUCUCGAGUGGGCAGAACAUGAGUUAGCCGUCGAUGAUAAGGUCAACAACUGGAGAAGCUCAAGCAAGUAAAUGUGGCUUGGAUCAACGGGCAAAACGAUUUAUUGCAAUCUAUGAGAACAAUAAAAAAAAAUUGGUGGUGGAGAUAUGAUGGUUUUGCUUUUAUUGUGCUUGCUGCUUUAUGACCACACACCAAUGACCACCCCACACACCCACACCGCCACACAUAACGUCAUGUACUUGGAAUGUGGGAUGAAUAAGUUAUCCACUGUGCCCGCUUAAACGAGACAUUUGGAUCCUGGUGUUGAUAUAUCCAUUAUCA